AGCACCCCGUUCUCCGGCGCGGGUUGAGCGGCCCCCGAGGUCUCCAUCGCCAGCUCCCCUGUCUCCAGUGCGGGUCCCUGCCGACGAUGGGCUGUUUUACGACUCCGAGGCAGAUCAAUUCUAUAUAAAGGUGCCGAAGGACGUCGCGAUGUCUAGAGUGUCCUCACGCGAUCGCCGUGAUCGUCCCCAAGAGGUCUCGAGACGGGAGGAAGGUCAUUUGGAUCCUGUUCCCGCAUCCAGAGCUGCCUUGUUCCAGCCAGCGCCGCGACCAACUGACAGGCCUAGGCAGAACAUCUUAGUGCCGGUCAAGUCCUCCGAUUCCGAGGCUGACGCUUCGGUCGGGUCACAGGAGCCUUCAGAUGUUGAAGACCCCCCGCGCCAAUCGCCGCAGGAUCUGCACUAUCUGGAGGCGGCCUCCCCAUCAGAUGACGUACGUUCCUUCGCUGAACAUAUUAUCAAGAUGUCCAGGGCUCUGGACAUUGAACUGGUCUACUCGGAUGCAGAUGCAGCAGACCCAGUCGAAUGUCGGGUCCAUGGCCGGGUUCCAACACCCCCGUGCGUGCCGUUUCUUCCAUCCUUGGAAACGAUCCUCAAGCGUUCCUGGGACUCUCCUUCUUCGCCCCUCGGGCCUCCGCGCAAGAUCGAGUCGCUGUACAAGGUUGCGGCUCCCAAUGCUCCAUGGCUCAUAUCUCAUCCUCGCCAGAACUCGGCUAUAGUGGAGGGUGCUCAGCAGACUUCCACCCAGCGGCAGACGACCUCCCCGGUGGAUAAAGAAGCCAGGAAGAUAGACGCCCUGGCCAAGAAGGCGUAUGCGGCAGCGGCUUUGGCAGCGAAGGCCACUAGCUACACGGCUUGCAUGGGAGCAUACGUCCAGACUUUGAUGGAAGGCAUCUCCCCGAUAGUUCCGGACGUUCCUGACGAGGUACAGCGGACCUUGACCGAGAUCAGGGAUGAGACCCACUCUAUCGGGAGCUGGCUGAUCACUGCGGCCAGAAACAUUACUGAAUGCGUUGGAAGAGCCAUGUCAGCUUCUAUCGCAUUGAGAAGGCAUGCCUGGCUCCGUGGCUCCGACCUCAAUCAGAGCGUGAGGUCUACGAUAGAAGACAUGCCCAUUGACGGCUCCGGCUUGUUCCACGCCGACACAGACGAAAGACUCAACAAAAAGUUCCGAAUGAAGGCGGCCGCUCGGAAGCAUGGCAUGUCCACACCGGGCCCCUCUUCCUUCCGCAAGCGUCUUCGCCCUUGGCAGCAUCACCAAGGUCAGUUCCAGAGGUCUCCUUACCAGGAACGCCAGUUCCAUCAACAGGGGUCACAGCGGCAGGGCUACCCCCCCCAGCAGUCCUCUUCCUCGGGCCGUCGCAACCAGUCUCGAUACCGUAAGAACCGCCGACAGGAGCCCGACCAGGGGAAGAAAAGGGCAUGAAGAUCCACAGCGCACUUCGCCUCUUCUAAUUUGUUCUUCCUCAACAUUUUAAGGCCCUUUACCAUCACAUGGGCCUCUAUUUCCUCCGACUCCUGGGUUUUAAACAUCGUCCGAAGGGGCUAUACCCUCGAGUUCGAAGAGCUCCCGCCCACCGGAGCUUUUAUUUCUACUGCCCCCUCGGGCACCCUUCUCGACGAAGUGCGCUCCCUCCUUCAAAAAGGGGCCAUCUCUCCCUUGUCUCCGGAUUUAUGGCCCAAAGCCUUUUUCUCCAGAUAUUUUACGGUUCCAAAACCAGAUGGAGGAACCAGACCCAUACUGGAUCUAAGAGAACUGAACUCUUUCUUAAGGUAUAGACGUUUUCGCAUGGUAACGCUGGCUUCCAUUUUGCCUUUGCUCCAGCAGGACCUCUGGUUCGCGACGGUGGACCUAAAGGACGCUUAUUUCCAUGUCGGAAUAAGGGAGUCCCACCGCAGGUUCCUCGCCUUUGCCAUCGGCUCCGUCGCCUACCACUACAAUGUGCUCCCAUUCGGCUUGGCCACAGCUCCUCGGGUCUUCACGAAGUGCAUGGCCCCAGUGAUAGCCUACCUCCAUCAGAGGGGAUUCAGCGUUUUUCCUUACCUGGACGACUGGCUGCUGACAGCUCCGUCAAGACGGGAGCUUCAGAACGCAAUCCAUUUUAUCCUACACCUCUUGUCAGAAUUGGGUCUUGUGGUCAACCUAGAGAAGUCCCACUUGACCCCCUCCAAGCAGGUCCGUUUCAUCGGCUCCGUCCUCGACUCCGAAGAGUCUACGGCCUAUCUUCCUCAAGACCGUUUUCAGGCCCUGUCAACUGCAGUGCGCACCGUCCACUCGCGCAGGAGACUCAAGGCCAGGGACAUCCAGGUCGCCUUGGGUCACAUGGCGUCCACUACAUUCGUGACUCCAUGGGCACGGUUGCGCCUCAGGCCUCUUCAGUCAUGGUUUCUCUCCGUGUUCAACCCAUUGACGGACUCUCCGAACAAGUGGCUCACUGUACCGAGGUCCGUGACCGCCUCUCUCCAAUGGUGGCUAGACUCCCAAAAUGUGUGCAUAGGUAUGCCCUUCGUCCAGCCUCAACCACAAAUGACUCUGACGACGGAUGCGUCGAUGGAAGGCUGGGGUGCACACCUUCUGGACUUAUGCGUGAGAGAGAAGUGGUCACAACAGGAACGGGCGCUCCACAUCAACGCACUGGAAAUGCUGGCUGUCGACCUGUUUGCAACAGCCUCCAACAGCCACUGUCCCCAGUUCUGUUCUCGGGUGCGACACGAGAGUCCUCUCGGAGAUGCAUUCGCCUUCAAUUGGUCCCGGGGAACGAUCUACGCCUUUCCCCCGUUUCCGCUGCUGACCAGGGUGGUGUCCAAGAUGUCGAGAGAGAGAGUCGACGCGAUCCUCAUCACCCCGUGGUGGCCGAGACAGCCGUGGUUUCCGCUUCUCCUGCGCCUCUCCAACAGCGAGUUUCUCUGGCUGGAGCCGAGACCGGACCUUCUCACCCUCCAAGAGGGGAAAGUUCGGCAUCCCGACAUCGACUCGUUGCCGAUGGUGGCUUGGAGGCUCCGGCGUUGACGGCGCUGCCCCCGUCGGUGCGGAGAGUGAUCCGUGCCACGCAUAGGCCUGCAACCCAGAGAUCCUAUGCCUCCAAAUGGAGGAGGUUCCUUUCGUUCCUUGCUGAAAGGAAUCUAGCGCCUGAGAGCAUCACUGUGCCAGUGGUGCUUGAUUUUUUGAUGUCACUGGUGGAGGCGGGCCUGUGCCUCGCAUCCAUAAAAUGUUAUCUGUCUGCUAUUUGUUCACAUUUUCAAUAUGAUGGUUUACCUUCCUUUUUCAGGGACCCUCUGGUAAAGAACUUUUUAAAGGGGUGUAAUAACCUCUACCCCCAGGUUUCUCCUCCUGUCCUGGCUUGGAGCUUGGAGGUUGUGUUGGCUGCCCUCCAGUCCAAGCCCUUUGAGCCCUUGGACACAACGGACUUAAGACUUUUAACUUGGAAGACGGUCUUCCUGGUAGUCAUCACUUCAGCUCGCCGGGCAGGAGAACUUUGUGCCCUGCAGAGAGAUGAACCUUUCCUCCGGUUCCACAAGGACAAGGUGGUACUCCGGACUGAUAUCACCUUCCUCCCUAAGGUGGUUUCUCUUUUUCACAUGUGUCAGGACAUUGUGUUGCCGACCUUGGUUUCGAACCCAUCGACUAUGGAGGAACGCAGCCUCCAUAUGCUGGACGUUAGGAGGGCCUUGGCUUUCUAUUUGGACAGGACUAUGGGUUCGAGUCGUUCCGAAAGACUUUUCCAGUGUUAUUCGGAACCAAGAAAGGGUUUGCCGGUGUCGCCCCAGAGAUUCUCGAAGUGGGUGGCAAGCACCAUCCGCCUUUGUUAUGAAUUGUCGGGAAGACCGGUACCGGCCAAGGUUCGCCCGCAUGCGACCAGAGCAGUCGCAGCAUACUCUGCUUUUCUGUCUGGCAUCCCUCAGGAUGACGUGUGCAAGGCUGCUGUUUGGUCCCAGCCAUUGACUUUUAUAAAACAUUAUAGACUGGACACCAGGGCCAUUAGGGACGCAGCCUUUGGGAAGGCUGUCUUGGUUUCUGGGUUGCAUUGAUGGCUUAUUAUUGUGUGUUGUAUCACAUUUAUGCAAAAGGUGCCUUUGAAUUGGUCUAUAAUGUGCUCACUUGUGUUCACUCCAGGGAGAUUGGUCUUGCAUGACCUUACAGUUCUCCUCAGGUUCUGCAGAGUUAUUGUUCACUACAACUAUGGUUUAUGCUUGCACAAUGCCUCCGAGUAUGGUCGUGUGUGACCCUACAUGCUCUUCUUAUGCCUUGUAUGUUAUGUCUGCAUUUGAUCUGUUGUGCAAAAAACAGGACUGACUCUUUUAUGGUUCACAGUUUAUUGUUAUAAUAAAUUUAC